CGAAAGAGUUCCUGCACACCGGCAUCAGCGAGAGAAAAAACCUAGGAUCCUAACAGACCCGCCCACCACCCCACCAUCACCACAUUCCUUCCCCAGUCUCCUUCCCCUCCGCUCGGUGUCUUUCAGCUAGGCAAGAAGGAAUCGGCAGACACAGACACCUGAGCGAGCGAGAAGGGGAAGUCGAGACCGUGUUUCCGCCAAAAAAAGAGAAAACAACCAAGGUUGAGAUCCAUGAGAUUAACUGGCAGAUUAAAAGGAUUGUAAGUUGUUUCAGUUUCAAGCGUCUACAUACACUUGAACAAGUGAUUACCAGCUAUUCAGUUGUCUUGAAGCGGAGGCAAGAUGCCUGAGAAAGAUGAGCCGUUCGCCAACCCGGCGGCACCGCCGGGGGCCGCCCAGCGUGUCAACGUGGAGGCGACGCCGGCCAGGCUGACCAAUGCAGACUUCCGGAAGCUGUUGAUGACUCCCCGCGCGGGGCAGUCCGGUGCCUCGGCGGCCACACCGUCCGCCACACCGGCCUCCACCCGACCUGAGGUCUCCGGCAAAAUCGACAAAGCCGAGGAGCGCCGCAAAAAGAAGAGCUACUACGCCAAGCUGAAGCGGGCCGAGGACGACAUCAUGGCGGAGCUGGCCAAGAAGUACCGCGACCGAGCCAAAGAGCGGCGAGACGGGGACGAGACGCCGGCGCCGGGCGCGCAGCCCGACCUGCCCAGCCAGCCGGACGAGUCGAACAGUACUGCCAGCGCCUACCGCGCCGUGGCUCCCGAUCUCAAAUCGGGACUGGACGCUGCGGAGAGACGCCGCCAGCAGAUCCAGGAGUCCAAGUUCUUGGGAGGUGACAUGGAGCACACUCACUUGGUGAAGGGUCUCGAUUACGCCCUCCUGCAGAAGGUGCGCUCCGAGAUCCAGGCCAUGGAGCUGGAGCACGAGGACGAGCUCGAGCAGCUGGCGGACGGCGCCGACGUCAGCGCCAAGGAGCACACCAAGGAGGAAGAGAUCCACUUCAAAACCAAACUCGGCAAAAACGUGUACCGGGUGCUGUUCGGUGACAAGCCUCCGCUGAGGAACGAGCUGUUCCUGCCCGGCCGGACCGCUUACAGAAUUGACCUGGAGGACGAGAUGGUCGACUUUGACAUCCCGACUACGGUGGUGCGCAGCAAAGCCGACUGUCCGCUGGUGGAGACGGCCACAACUCUCACAACCAACGACAUCGUCAUCAACAAGCUGACCCAGAUCCUGUCCUACCUGCGGCAGGGUCGACACGGCCGCCGAAUCAAGAAGAAGGACAAACAGCGGGCUGACGAGAAGAAGGCCGCUGGCGAGGACAUCUACGCCGAGCUGGGCGACUACGUGCCGGCGCCGGCCGGCAGGGAUCACCACCGCGCCAGUGACUCCCGCCGGGGGGACGGCGACCGCCAGCGGAAGCCGCGCUCCUACUUUGACCGACCAGAGGAGGAGGACCGCCGCGAGCGGGGUGAACGCUACGGCCGGGAGAGGCGGGAGAAGGAGCGUGACGAGCAGCAACAGCGCGACAAGGAGCAGGCCGAACGCGACCAGCGCGACCGCCAGAGGUUUGAGCAGGAGAAGGGACGCGAAUCCAACUGGCUGGCCGUGGACGCGGCGGCGGCAGCCAAGCGCAACAAGGACAUGGGCACGGCGCUGAGCGGCUACGCCGAGUGCUACCCGGGACUGGACGAGAUGGCCGACGCCAUCGACGACUCGGAUGAUGAGGCCGACUACUCCAAAAUGGACAUGGGCAACAAGAAGGGCCCCAUCGGUCGCUGGGACUUUGACACGCAGGAGGAGUACAGCAACUACAUGAACCAAAAGGAGGCGCUGCCCAAGGCCGCCUUCCAGUACGGUGUCAAGAUGGCCGACGGACGCAAGACACGUCGGCUGCCCAAGGAGCGAAACGAGAAGGCCGAGCUUGAUCGCGAGUGGCAAAAGAUAUCGGCCAUCAUCGCCAAACGCAAAUCGGGCGGCGACGACGGAGGAGAGAAGAGCAAGAGGGCCAAGCAGCAGUAAUGGCUGCGCGCUGCGUGUUGCGGUGUAAGCGGCAGUGAGUGGCGUUCAGCGCGCGGCAUCAGUGGCCGCAGGUCACGCGGUCACUGUACCGAUCAUACCGCCGGCAGUAGCUAGCUCCUCACGGACGCCAAAGUGCGAUGCGCCUGAACAGACUGCACUCGGUUAGUGGGCGUGUGCGUGCGUUCUCCGUCACGCGACAAGGGAUGCUGUUGUGGAGUGACUUACCCCGUGAGUUACCCCGGGUACUAGCGGAGUGACUCACCCCUGAGAUGUGUUGCGCCAUGCCGAUCUGGUCUAAUUUGUACGUAUAUGUAAUAUGUAUGUAAAUAAAAAACAAGAUUUA